AUGGCCUUCCUGCCACAGUGGGGGAGGCUGCUCUGCUGGGCGGCUUUUGGGUGCCUGAGCCCGUGGUGGCCCCGAGAGGCCAAGGCACAAUUCCCGCGCGCGUGCAUGACCGUGGAGAUGCUGAAGGCCAAGCAGUGCUGCCCGCCUUGGGGGCCUAAUCUGAACAACACGUGCGGCUGGCAGCAAGGCCGGGGCGUCUGCGGAGAGGUUCAGGUGGACACCAGACCCUGGGGCGGCCCCUACACGCUCCACAAUGUGGACGACCGGGAACGAUGGCCCCUGAAGUUCUUUAACAGGAGCUGCCAGUGCACAGGAAACUUUGCUGGAUACAACUGUGGGGAUUGCAAAUUUGGCUGGUCCGGCCCCAACUGUGACGUGAAGAAGCCCCUGGUUGUUCGGAAAAACAUCCACACGUUGAGUGAAGAAGAGCUAGAACAAUUCUUGGACGCUCUAGACCGCUCAAAGACAACCGUCCACCCGGACUAUGUCGUCGCUACCCAACACUGGCUGAGCCUCCUUGGCCCCAGUGGAAAUGAACCCCAAGUGGUAAACUGCAGCAUCUACGACCUCUUCGUGUGGCUUCAUUAUUACUCGGUCAGAGACACGCUAUUAGGACCUGGCCGCCCCUUUACAGCCAUAGACUUCUCGCACCAAGGACCCGCCUUUGUUUCUUGGCACAGGUAUCACUUGCUGCUGCUGGAAAGAGAUCUGCAGCGGAUGAUUGGCAAUGAGUCCUUUGCACUGCCGUACUGGAAUUUUUCCACAGGAAGAAAUGUGUGUGAUGUGUGUACCGAUCGACUCCUUGGAGCAUCAAGACCAGAAGAUCCUAACCUAAUCAGUCAGAAUUCAAGAUUUUCACGUUGGGAAAUAGUAUGCAACAGUCUGGAUUAUUAUAACCGUAUGGUGACACUGUGUAAUGGAUCCAGAGAAGGGCCCCUGCGGAGGAACCCAUUCAGCAACAGUGGCGAUCGGCUGCCGACCGCAGAAGAUGUUCGGAGCUGUCUCUCACUUCAAGACUUUGAUCAGCCUCCUUUCUUUCGGAAUUCUAGUUUUAGCUUCAGGAAUGCUUUGGAAGGGUUUGAUAAACCAGACGGAACUUUUGACGUGCCAGUAGCGAGUCUCCACAACUUGGUUCACGAUGUUUUGAAUGGGACCAGUGCAUUCCCUCAUGCUGCCGCUAAUGAUCCUGUCUUUGUGGUGCUCCAUUCCUUCACCGAUGCUAUUUUCGAUGAGUGGAUGAAACGGUUCCACCCCUCUGACAGCGCCUGGCCUCAGGAGCUGGCGCCGAUCGGACACAACCGCAUGUACAACAUGGUUCCUUUUUUCCCCCCUGUGACCAACCAAGAACUGUUUCAAACGGCAGAACAACUUGGCUACAGCUACUCCAUUGAGCUGCCAGAGCCUUUGCAGGAUGCCAGUGCAUGGUCGGUAAUGGUUGGCUCCACCAUCGGAGGCGCCCUGAUCGCGCUGCUGGUGCUGGUCAUUCUACUUGUCGUCUUCCAGCACCGGAGACACAGGAAGGGAUUCGAGCCCCUGAUGAAUGCCAGGUUCAGCACUAAGAAAUACACCGAAGAGGCCUGA